AUGGCUCCGGCCCAAAAUCCGUUUCUGCUUGCCGCCGACAACAGCCCUGCGCUGUUGCCCCUCCUCCGAGAAACCCCAAGCCUGGCCUCGGCGCAGGACGACCACGGCUACUCGCUCGUCCACGCUGCCGCCAGCUAUAACCACCUCGACCUGCUUCGCGCCCUCGUUCGAGAGCUCAAAGUCGACGUCAACCUGAAGGAUGAGGACAGCGAGACGGCCCUAUUCGCUGUGGAAACUGUUGACGCAGCCCGCGUCCUCGUCGAAGAGCUUGAGGCCGACCUCUACCAUCGCGGUUCCGAAGGCCUGACAGCCAGAGAAAAGAUUGAGUCAGAAGGGGACUUCCCCGACGUCGCCCACUAUCUCGUGUCGCUCGAGAACAGGGACGCCGACAGCGCCAUAGCAUCCGUGGCCGCCAACGCCAUCCCCGAUGUCAUACAACAGCCACCUGAGGGCCUCGAGGUGACAGUCGGGACCAUGGACCAGACAGAAGAUAUUCCUGGCGAGGUCGACCCAGAGUUUCGCCGACGCAUCGAGGAGCUGGCCCAGCGACAGGACUUCGACGCCCCGAGUGGCCAGGCUGACUUGCGCAAGCUCGUCGAGGAUGCAAUUUUGGAUCAAGGGCUUGGUGAGGACCGGAACGUCCGCCCCAGGCAUGGCUGA